AUGAGUGCUCGCUGGUGCUCUUAUCCACUCGUCCUGCCGAUCCUAGCCGCCGGCCUCCUGCGUGAAGAUGUCCCUAUAGCUGUGUGCAGGCAGCCCGACCUCGUGGGUGUUUUCUGGGCCGCCGACAAGAAGGUCAAGAGCGUGCACCUGGACGAGAAUACCGCGUGGACUGCCGAGAGGGAGCUGCCCCUGGCGGUCUGGCCCGGGAUCGGCGGGAUCAAUGUCUUGUACGAGGAUUUGCUAGCAUGGGGCGAUUGGAAAUUCUUCGUCAUUUCUGAUCCGGACGUGACCAGCAAGACCAGGGUGAGUGGAUGCGGGAGGGAGGGCUUCUUGUCCGUGGUGUGGGCGGACGCAGACGGGAGGCUGCGACAGCUGCACUGGGGCAAGCACAACGUGUGG